GGGAGCGUUUAACCAGGCUCACCUCCUAACUUGCUGUUUACACUGGAGAGGCGUAUUGACAUGAAAACGAUGGCGGCCAUCAGGAAGAAGCUGGUGAUCGUGGGAGAUGGUGCCUGCGGAAAGACGUGUCUGCUGAUUGUGUUCAGCAAGGACCAGUUCCCCGAGGUCUACGUGCCCACCGUGUUCGAGAACUACAUUGCCGACAUAGAGGUAGACGGGAAGCAGGUGGAGCUGGCCCUGUGGGACACGGCGGGACAGGAGGACUACGACAGGCUGCGGCCCCUCUCGUACCCGGACACAGACGUUAUCCUCAUGUGCUUUUCUAUUGACAGCCCGGAUAGCCUCGAGAACAUCCCUGAGAAGUGGACGCCAGAGGUGAAGCACUUCUGCCCCAACGUGCCCAUCAUCCUGGUGGGGAACAAGAAGGACCUGCGGAACGACGAGCACACGCGGCGGGAGCUGGCGAAGAUGAAGCAGGAGCCGGUGAAGCCAGAGGAGGGGAGGGACAUGGCCAACAGGAUCAGUGCCUUCGGCUACCUCGAGUGCUCGGCCAAGACAAAGGAGGGCGUGCGGGAGGUCUUUGAGAUGGCCACCCGCGCAGGCCUGCAGGUCCGGAAGAACAAGAAGCGCCGAGGCUGCCCGCUGCUGUGAGCAGCCCGGCGGGCCAGGAGGCAGCUGCCUGCACCGGCACCCGGCUGCCCUGCGCCGCGUGGGGAGGGAGCGCUGGCAGACGGCCGAAGCAGGACCUCGUGGUGCCAGUACCUGUCCCGAACCCUCUGCACGAGAGCUGCCACCCAAGCCCGCGGUGUGUCCCUGCGAGACGCCGGGGCCAUGAGGGGCCAGUGCCUUCAGUACCCGCUGCUCUCUAUGGGCCGGGCAUUUGCGUAGCUCCCCAUGUCGCCCCGUUUUGUACCAAUCUCCCCGGUUUCACCUCUCCCCUGGGGAUUGCCGUGGUGUUCCCUCUCCCUCCCCAGCUCCGGGCAGGUGCCGCAGAAGCGGGAGGUGCGGCUGGCUGCUGCCCGCAGCUCGCGUGUGGGGUCUGCUGGGCCCUCGGGGCACUCUGCCCACUCCCCUCGGCCGUGCGGGCAGCACACACCAGCGUUUUACACAGACUUGCCCAGGGCAGCUUUCAGCCCCGUCUGUGUGCAGAGCCGGGCUCAGCCGCUGCCAGAAGCGCUCUGCUCCUGGGACCGGCGCUGGGGCAGCGCCUCUGCCCAGCUCUGCCCGUAAUGCCUUCUUCGAGUCUGCAUUGGUCACAGACCUAGCACCAGUAAACUGAACUGCGUAAUUGGGAGAAUAAAUGCAAACUGGUAUUUUAGUAAUUGUAA